AUGGCGCGGCCUCAGAGGCACGACGCCUCCGCUCACCACUUCCUUCUCCUCCUCCACCUCCUCCGCCUCCUGCUGCUCCUUCCCUCCGCCAAAGCCGCGUCCUUCUCCACGCUCUGCGGCUCCACUCCCCCGCGCGACCUGCAGCAAUCCCACGGCGCAGACCUCGCUGUCCCUUCUUCGAUCACCGCCGGUCACUUCUCCGGCGGCGGCGAUCUCCGCUUCGCCCGCGACCGUCCCUACACCCGCGCCCUGACCUUCUACCCCCGCGGCAGCUCGGCCAGGGCCACCUCGGAACCCGCCGUUACCCAUCUCUCUGCCACGCUCACCCUCAAGGGGACCCGCGCCCGCUUCGGCUGGCGCGACCGCGACAGUGGCCGCCCCCACUCCGUGUCUUUCGACCUCGACGGCUACUACUACAACUCCACCGCCACUUCCACCGCGGAGGCGGAGCUCUGCAUGGUCGGCUCCGGCUCUUACGCUAGGGAAGAUGGCUUCGGUGUGGUCGUCCUCUCUGACGUCGUGCUCCGCCUCCACCUGCCGCAGCCGUCCAACCUCUCCCGGCCCUUCGUCACCGGCAGCGUCAAGGGCACCGGCUUCGGUCCCAUCGCCCUCCUCGCGUAUGCCGAGGAUGACUACGCGUACGGACAGGCCGCCUCCUGCCCGGCGCCGCCCGUCCCAGUGCGACAGGUGCUCCGCGCGGCCGCGGGGUACUACUCGUGCCACCAGCUCAGGGCGCUGCUCCGAAGCUCCUACAGCCUGGAGUACAGGCCCAAUGAGCACGACGGUGCUAGCAGCAGCAGCUUCCCGCUGCGGCUGCGCCACGGGAGUAUGUACGUGAACCAGAUGCGCUGUGCCGCCGACGGCGCCGUGCGCGCGUACAUGGUGUUCUACGCCAAUCAAUCGGACGCCUCACCAUCCAGCAACUACACGGCAGUGGGGAGGCGUACCUUCGUGAUCGGAGACGAGGCGCUCGUCGCCGACGGGUUCUGGGACCCGAAGCGAACCCAGCUCUGCCUGCGGGCGUGCCGGGUGGCGAGUUCGGCCAAGCCCCGCGCGGACCUACAAGUCCGCGAGUGCGGGAUCGGGGUCAGCUUCUGGUUCCCGGCUGUGUGGUCGAUCCGGGACCGGAGCAUCGUGGCUGGGAUGAUCUGGAACACGAGCGGGAACAGCGACGCCGGCAACACAGCAGGCGUGAUCUCGGUGUCAAGAACCGGGAGCUACAGGGGCAACCUCUCCGGCAUCAGCUACAACUACACCCGGGUGGAGGAGGCCAAGAAGCACUACGACUCCAACCCGGCGUUGAGCAAGGAGCGCAAGGGCAGGUUCCCCGGUAACUACUCGUAUCGGGACUUCACGUUCCGAUUCUUCCUGGAGAAACAAGGUUUGACCGGGUAUGCCAGGCCAGUCACCAUUGGCUCCGCCUUGGUUGAAGGGGACGAGAUGAUGGCUGACGCGGCCUUCUCUCAGCAUGGAGCAGCAGAGGUCAACAAGCAGAGGCUGUUGAAUGUCAGCUACAGUUUGGAAUACCAGGUUGCCUCUGCGAAUGCGAGUUCGCCUCGGUUGCAACGCAUCUCCGCGGAGGGUGUCUAUGACAUUAAGACAGGCUCCCUGUGCCUGGUGGCGUGCCAAGUGACCAACGGUUCGUACGACGACUGCGACGUCCUAGUGACCUUCCAGUUCGCUCCGGUGAACUCCGUGGAGGGAGAGCGUGGGAUUGGGACGAUCACGAGCCUGAGAAAGAAGGGCCAUCCUCUGUACUUCGAAGCAAUGUACUUCGUCUCGUACGGGAUGACCGUGCAGCAGAUGGAGCAGUCCAGCUCCAGGAUGGACAUGGAGAGCAUCAUGAUGGUGGUCUCCAUGACGCUGUCCUGCGUCUUCACCGCCCUGCAGCUGCGCCAUGUGAACAAGCACCCCGAGGCGCUCCCGGCCACGUCGGUCACCAUGCUCGUCGUCCUGGCCCUUGGCUACGUGAUCCCUCUCGUGCUCAACCUCGAGGACAUGUACACGGACACCCGGAGCCGGUACAUCCUCCAGCUGACGAGCGCCGGGUCGCUGGAUCUGAACGAGUUCAUGCUGAGGGCCAGCACCAUGCUGGCGCUGGUUCUGCAGCUGCGCCUCCUCCAGCUUGCCCUAUCGCGGAGAUCGACGGAUCCAGCGGGGAGCAGACACGAGGACUCGUCGUCGUCCGACGCCGAGAGGAGCACGCUCUGGAUAUGCCUCCCGCUGUACGUCCUCGGUGCAGUCAUGGUCUGGAUCGUCCACACGAGCGAUGGUCCACGAGCAAGUGCGUUCUCUAUUUCUGCCCCGUCGGGACCGGCUUUGGUGGACGACCUCGCGGCCUACGCGGGGCUGAUCCUGGACGGGUUCCUGCUACCCCAGGUCGUCUCCAACGCGUUCUCGGGCUCCAGGGUGACGGCGCUCUCGCCGUGGUUCUACGCCGGCGGCACCGUGAUCCGCGCGGCGCCGCACGUGUACGACGUGUUCAGGAAGCACAACUACGUGCCGAGCUGGAACUGGAAGCCGACGACGUACGUGUACGCGAGCCCUCGCGACGACCUCUUCGGCGUCGCGUGGGACGUCGCCAUACCGUGCGGGGCUACGUUGCUCGCCGCGCUUCUGUUCCUGCAGCAGCGGCUUGGGGGCGCGUUCUUGUGCUGUUCGAAGAGUAGACGGUUGGGCUCGGGCGAGUACGAGAUGGCAGCCGCAGCCCUAUCAUACUCGUCGUACUCCUCGCUAUGCCACUUUCCCGUCCCGUCCCGUGACCACCACACCGGCGACCACUCCCAUAGUACAGCGACAGCGAGCAAUAAUCUCCCCCGGAUCUCCACGGGGCACUUCUCCGGCAGCGACGACCUUCUCUUCGCCCCCGAGCGAUCCUACGCCCUCCGCUCCUUCUCCUUCAUUCCCCGCCGCUCGGCCCACACCGCUGAUCCCACCGUCGUUCGCCUCGUCGCCACGCUCGCCCUCGAGGGAUUUGGCGUCGGCUCGCGUCGCAGGGAACACCACCACUCAGUCACCUUCGAACUCGAAGGCUACUACUCCGCCGCCACCUCCUCCGCUGAGCUAUGCAUGAUCGGCUCCGGCUCUUACGCAAGGGACGAUGGCACCGACACUGACAUCUUCUUGUCAGAGGUUGGGCUCCGUCUCCGCCUGCCUCACCCUUCGAACCUCUCCCAGCCCUUCGUGACCGGCCGCCUCGAGGGCGCCGGCUUUGGUGCCAUCAUCCUCGUCGCCUACGCGGACUCCCACUCCGACAGCGACGGUGACUACACAUAUGCAGAGACCGCCGCCUCCUUGCCACCGCCGGUCACGCCCGCGCGUGACGGGCAGCAUGUGCUCGGCGCAGGCUUCUCGUGCUCCCGCCUCCGGGCACUACUCCGAGGCUCCUACGACCUCGAGUAUAGGCCAGGCACAGGCAGAGGCAGGCACACGGCGGGCAGCUCGCCGCUGCAGCUGCGACACCGACUCAUGUACGUCAACCAGAUGAGCUGCGCCACUGACGGCGCCGUCCGCGCAUACAUGGCGUUCUACGCCAAUCAAUCGGACUCCUUCCCGAGCUCACUGUUCUUAGUCGGGGACGAGGCGCUCGUCGCCGAAGGGUUCUGGGACUCGUCUCGGAGCCAGCUCUGCCUGAGGGCGUGCCGGGUGGUGCGCUCAGGCUUGUCCCGGGCGGAUCUGGCAGUGGGAGAGUGUGGAAUCGGGGUCAGCUUCUGGUUCCCAAACACAUGGUCGUUCCAGGGCCGGAAGACCGUGGUCGGAUUGAUCUGGAACUCGAGCAGGGCGAGUGACGGCGACACUGUGAAGAUAUCAAGAAGCGCGACAUCGGUGUCAAGAAGCGCGGGAUACACGGGCGACCUCUCUGACAUCAAGUACAAGUACACCUUGGUGGAGAAGGCCAAGGAGCACUACCACUCCAACCCGGUGUUGAGCAAGGAAAGGAAUGGCAGCUUCCCGGGUAACCACUCAUGCCGGGACUUCGUGUUCCAUUUCAACCUACAGAGCCCAGAAUUGCGCGUGCACGGGUCUGCCUCGCCUAUCACAAUAGGAUCCGCCGUCGUCCAAGAGGAUAGGCCGAUGCCUGACGAUUUAUUCUCUCGGCGCGUGGCGGCAGAGGUGAACAGCCAGAGGCUGCUGAAUGUCAGCUACGAUUUUCAGUAUACGGUAGCAGAUAUGAAGCGGCGCAUCAAUGCAGAAGGUGUUUAUGAUACUAAGACAGGCUCCCUCUGUAUGGUUGCUUGCCAAGUGAGCAACGGCUCGUCAGACUGCCAGGUCCUGGUGACCGUUCAGUUCGCUCCGGUGGACACUAGGACGCGGGAGCAUGAGCAUGACGUUGGGACGAUCAGCAGCCUGAGAACGAAGAGUGAUCCUCUGUUCUUCGAAGCACUGGAAUUCGUAAGCCAGGGGAUGGACCUGAUGUGGCAGCGCGAAUCCAGGAUGGACGUGGAAAUCAUCAUGCUGGAGCUCUCUCCGGCGUUGUUCAGCGUCGUCCUUAUCCUGCAGCUGCGCCAUGCCAAGAAGCACCCCGAGGCUGUUCCUUCCAUGUCGAUCACCAUGCUCGUUGUCCUGGCCCUGGGCUACCUUAUCCCUCUCAUGCUCGACUUCGAGCCUGCCAUCAGGGCACUGCAGAAUCGCUUCGAUCCGGUGUGGACGUGGUAUCGUAUUGUGCCGAAUAGGUUCCCAUUGCGUGUCGGCACCAUGCUGGCCUUCCUGCUGCAGCUGCGCCUUCUCCAGUUGGCCUUGUCGGGGAGGAGACCAACGGAACCAGGACGCGGUGGCGACGGUCCAUCCGCCGCCGCCGAGAGGAGAACGCUCCAGGCUUGCUUGCUCCUGCACUUCCUCGGGGCAGUCCUGAUGUUGAUCGCCAACAGAGGCGACGGCCGUCCUCGUCUGCUAAUCGAUGCCACCGACCCGACGCCGGCCGAUGUCCUUGUGUCCUACGGGGGGCUGGUCCUCGACGGCUUCCUGCUUCCCCAGGUGAUCUCGAACGCGUUCUCGGGCUCCAAGGCGAGGGCGCUCUCGCCGUGGUUCUACGUGGGCGGCACCGUGAUCCGUGCGGCGCCUCACGCGUACGACGUGUACGCGGGUCCACGCGGUAAUAUCUUCGGCGGCGUCGCGCUGUCGCCGUCCUCCUCGGGGUGGCGUUGCUGGCCGUGCUGCUGUUCCUGCAGCAGCGAGUUCGGCUUCGGGGCGCGUUCGUGUGCUCUUCAUCAUCAAAGAGGAGGUCGGGCGCGUACAGGAUGGUUUCCAGUGUGCCGUCAGGCUAGAUUGAAUACUUGUGUUUCAAGUUUCAACUGCUGUUGUGCCAGGUACUCUGCUUUGGAUGAACCAAAAUGGUUUUUCGUUUUACUGAAUACCCAAAAUGGUUACCGUGUGGUAAACACGGAGAGCAACUACACAAAUAUUCAUCAAAAUGGUUUGUUUGAUUUGAGCUUAGAUACCCAGUACCGUGGCAUAGGUGAGCAAUAUGGUGAGUCUGAAAUGUAUGGCUGA